GAGAGCGAGAGGGAAAGAGAGAGAGAGCGAGCGAGAGAGAGAGAGAGAGAGGGGGAAAUAGAGAGAGAGACGUGCUCUUCCAGGAAGGGAUUAUUAACCAGCACGCUGCCGACAUAUGAAGGGAAAACACACGCAGACAAAAGAAGUUUUCACACCGACAGUCGCGCUAUGGAGCCGACCAGCAGAUAGAAAAAGAAAAAGCAGCCUAUAUGAAUAAAAAACAACUUCUCCGACAACAACAAGCCGAGCAAUCGAGCUGCCGCUUCUGCUGCUGCUGUGUGGGUUCCUAUAGGAAAGAGAAGGAGAUAAAGAAGAGGGCACAACGGAAAAGUGGAAGGACAAGGAGAGAAGUUGACGGGAGAUAAUGUCUGAACCCUCCUCCGCUGCGAACAAGCAGGAGAGGAGCUCUUUCAGUCCUUCCGCGAACCCGCUGCCAAACUCCACUUCCUCCCCCGUCCAUGCUCCCGCCGCGAGGCCAGCCAGCCGAAUGGAGGACGAGCCUGCCAGGCUGCCUGCGCACCUGCGUUUGCAGCCAGUCUUUUGGAGCAGGGAUGACGUGGCCCAGUGGCUGCGAUGGGCCGAGAAGGAGUUCGCCCUGCGGCCGAUCACCAGCGGCUCCUUCCAAAUGAACGGCAAAGCCCUGCUGCUGCUCACCAAGGAGGACUUCCGCUACCGAUCCCCCCAUUCCGGGGACGUCCUGUACGAGCUGCUGCAGCACAUCCUGAAGCAGAGGAAGCCCCACGUGUUUUACCCGUCUGCCUACUUCCCCGGGAACUCCUUCCACUCGCUGCCUGAAAGCGCUGUGCAGCACCUGAAGCUUGAAGAAACGGUACGGCGAGCACCGCGUGGUACAGAGCCACUCCCCCAGCAUCCACCCACCAUCGAGCUGCGCCAUCGCCCCCGCUCCCCCCACCAUCAGACCACCAGGCGAUCCCCUCCAGAGUUAAGCCACCCCCGCUCAGCCAAUGAAGACCACCUCCAGGCCUUCUCGCAGCUGCCCGACAGCAACCACCACCCGACCGAGGAAAUGUACCCUCUGUCGGUGUCCCCUGCUGCGCCCAACGGCCGAUGCGUGACGCCGCGAGAUGCCCCUUGCCCGGGCAGCCCUGGGGGCCAGGAGGCGGGCCCUCCUCGCGUCAUCCAGCUCAUUCCCAGUGCCAUCAUGAACCCCCUGCUCCUCAGCCCGAGCAGGAGUGGUGGGGGUGCCGCCAUGGACUUCAGGCACAGCCGCGGUGGACCCCCGUCUCAGGGUACGCUCGAGAACGGACGUGAGGGCAAAGGUCACGGCCACCAUCAUCAGAUAUCACAUUCCCAGCAGCAGCAGCAUCUACUGCAGCAGCAGGAGGAGGUGCUCUACAGGAACCACGUCAUCAUGCCCGUGUCUCCUCCAGAAGAGCAACAAAUACCCAUCGGACGGAUAGCAGACUGCAGGCUGCUGUGGGACUACGUCUACCAACUCCUGUCAGACAGCAGGUACGAGAACUACAUCCGCUGGGAAGAUACGGAGAGCAAAGUCUUCCGCAUCAUGGACCCCAACGGCCUGGCCAGGCUCUGGGGCAAUCACAAGAACAGGACCAACAUGACGUACGAGAAGAUGUCGCGAGCACUGAGACACUACUACAAACUGAACAUUAUCAGGAAAGAGCCUGGACAAAGACUUCUAUUCAGGUUCAUGAAAACUCCAGAUGAGAUAAUGAACGGUCAGACGGACCGGCUGGAGCACCUGGAGUCCGACACAGACGAACAAAUAUACAUCAAAGAGGAAUGCUGAGGAACUCUGGGAAAACAAGUCCAUGAACUUCUUGCUACUACUACAGCCGCUGAUGCCUUUCAGAAGCAGCCUGAACAAUCGUCUAAAUCUGGAGCGUGUGGACGACAGACAUUACAAUCUCUCUUAAGAUCGCAUUAGGAAGAUAUUUUCCUAAAGUAAAAAGACAAAAAAACAACAUCAGUUGUUGUUGUGAUUUUCCUGAUGGACAGAGCUGAAAAGACUUUCUACGUGUUCCCCUUUUUAUUUCCGAAUGAACUGCAAAAGCCAAUCACUUUGAGCUUAUGUCACUUUGAUGAUUUUAUUGUCUCCUCACUUGCAUUAUACUAUGGAAAUUUGUGCUGUUUGUAAAAAGAAAAUUGGGUGUGUGCGUGUGUGACAGGAAUGUUUUCACCAUGGAAUAAACAUUUUUGAUCAAACUGUA